CAAAAUCGAGGCGACUCUAGAGAACGCGCGUACACCGCGGUGUGAUCUCGAAAUUGUAUCGUGUAUCAACUUGUGCGAGACAAGGUGAUAUUUUGCCGCGGUUUCCGAGCAAAAAGUCGCCUCCGGAGUCAACAGAUUUUAUCGAAAUGAUACGUAGAUUUCUAGCGCGAUAACCUGUAACUUCAAUCGACGAGUCCGCCACAGUGUUCAGAGUGAUCGCUGCCAUAUCAAUUCGUCAGUCAUGUCCUAUCCUGGCCAGCCACCAAUGGGUAUUCCAGGGAUGCCGCCGAUGCCAUACAUGGUUAGCGCACCUCCGCCAAUUUUAGGCGGAGUCAUGCCUAUGGCCCAUAUGAUUCCAUCACCCGUAUCUACGAUGCAGACAUCCGCGCCGGCUGUACGUUACUCGCGCAAUCAGAAUCGCCACGACAAUAAUCGGAGGCGUGAGAGAGAGUCCGGCCCACCUGUCACGGUAUUUAUCGGUAACAUAAUGGACAGAGCGCCCGACGUGAUGAUACGACAUAUUCUGGGCGCGUGCGGACACGUUCUUUCUUGGAAGAGAGUACAGGCGUUUGGCUUUUGCGAAUACGCUGGCCCCGACGCGGGCCUCAGAGCAGUCCGAUUGCUCCAUGACAUGGAAAUAGGCACGAAAAAGCUCGUUGUCAAAGUGGACGCUAAAGCUAAGGUAGUCCUGGAUCAAUUCAAAGCUGAACGACGAAAGAAACUCAGAGGGGGUCAGUCACCUCUACAGGACGAAGCACCCGGUGAAGGAGUUGACGGCGAAGAGGGUGAAGAUUAUAUGGAUGAAGGCAUGAGAGUGGUUGAUGCAGAUGCGCUCGCUCGCAUCAACCAGAUUAUAGCUGAGCAUGCUGCAGAUCUAGAAAUGGCGCAGGUUGCUCCAGAAGAACAUCAGACAAAAAUGGUAUCUAAAUCCUUAAACCUUGAUGAUACAGAAAUAGAAGAGAGUAAAAGAGACUUGAUUACGCGGGAAAUUGGCAAAUUCAGGGAGGUCAUGAAGAAGCAGGAGGAGGAGAAAGCCCAGGUGAAGCGAAAGAAGGAAGCGGUCGAAAAAGAGGAACGCGAGAAGCGGGAAAAAGAGCGACGUGAUGAGGCCUCCAAGGAUGAUCAAGAUGGAGACCUUGGUAGUCCUACAUCUCAUAAAGCUCGUAGUGAUAGCACCCGAAGAGACAAACGUCGAUCUAGAUCGAGAUCUAAAGAACGUGACAGAGAUCGAUUGAGAAAUGAUCGAGAUCGGGAUCGAGACAGAGACCGCGAGAGAGAUCGAGAACGGGAACGAGAACGGGAACGAGAGCGAGAACGGGAUCGGGAUCGCGAGAGGGAACGUGAGCGGGAACGUGAGCGGGAUAGAGAGAAGGAGAGAGAUCGAGAGCGGGAAAGAGAACGGGAGCGGGAAGAGGUGAGAAAGACCGAAAGAGAGAUUAUGCGCGAGAGGGAAGAAGAGGAGGAGGCAAAGGAGAAAAAGAAAAAUGAAAGGCGGGCCAGGGAAAAGGAGGCGGCGUACCAGGAACGUUUGAGGGCGUGGGAGACACGCGAACGACGCAAACAGAAGGAAUAUGAGAAAGAAGCUGAGAAGCGUCGUGCGAAACGUGAAGCCAGAGAAAGGGAGGCGAAACGUCUAAAGGAGUUCCUCGAGGAUUACGAUGACGAUCGCGAUGAUUCCAAAUACUAUAAAGGUAAAGAAUUAUCUCGUCGACUCGAAGAACGGGCACUGGAAGCCGAAGCAGAUUCGCGAGAUCGUUGUGCCGAACGCCAGGAGCUCCAGCGUCUACGUGAUAAGUUAUACGCUGAUGCCUCUAAUCCGGAUCCUGCCGCAGAAUUUGAAAGGUUGAAAGCCGAAAGGGAGGAACAGUAUAAGCCUAAACCAGUAAUAACUAUAAUUGAUGAAGAGGAUGAUAAGGCGGCGAAGAAAGAUAAGGAAGUAAUGCCACCGAUAGAAACCGAGCCAAUAGAGAGUGACAGUGAUGACGGUGUGCAAUUCGACGAUGUUUCUCAACCGGAAGCACCGUCCAGAACGCCACCGCGUCAUCAUCAUCAUCAUCGUCGGCAUCAUAGACAUCAUCAAAAUCACCAUCGCGAUGGUGAGGAGAAUCAAGAGGGAUUAGCGGAAGUGGAUCGAGAGAGUCUAAAAGAUGCACGGCCGUCACCAGGACGUCAAUCGGCCGCGACACCUGCUCAAUCCAUUCCACCAUCAUUAGAUGAGGAUUCACGUAUGUCUCUUGUCAGUGAACCAGAAAAGACAAGCAGUAGUAACUUUGUUCCAUUUGCUAUGGGAAGUGGAGGCAAUCGUCCUAGCGAUCAUGGUAUAGGUGGUAAAACUCCAGUUAGUCCUAACACCGCUGCUAAUACAAAUUCACAGCAGACUAAUCAAACGCGGAAAAAAGGUCGUAUUGAUGUAAAAGACGUAUUUAACAAUGAUGACGAUGAUGAUGCUACUAAUAAUGCGAAAAAGCGUAAACUUGUACCUUUAGAUUACGGAGACGAAAAGAAAAAGAAAACCGAAGACGCCACAAAAACAGGCAAAGAAGAAAAUACAAAGAGCCAAGAAGAAAAGCGAAAACACAUAAAAUCUCUCAUAGACAAAAUACCUACCGAUAAGAAUGCAUUGUUUGGUUAUCAACUUGAUUGGGCACUCAUCGAUAAUACAUUGAUGGAGAAGAGAAUAAGACCUUGGAUCAAUAAAAAGAUUAUUGAAUAUAUAGGCGAACCAGAACCUACUCUUGUGGAUUUUAUUUGUAGUAAAGUAAUGGCGGGUAGUUCUCCUCAGGGAAUACUAGACGAUGUACAGAUGGUUUUGGAUGAAGAAGCGGAAGUAUUUGUAGUCAAAAUGUGGAGGUUACUAAUUUACGAAGUGGAAGCUAAGAAAAUGGGUUUAGUGAAGUAAAUAAAGUGUCGUCCGUAAAUUCAUCAACUCAUGAUUUAUAUUACGCAUAAAAUUAUUUCGACUAAGCGUAAGAAAAUAUUUAGAUAUUACUUACGGUUUAAUAUUACAUUAUUAUAUAGGAAUUCUGUCCUAUAAAAGUGAAGGCACAAAUGUUGCUCGAUCAAUAGGUGGUACUAAAUGUGUAGUAAUUAUAACGUUAAAUAAACUUGUAAUUACGAUUUAUAAUAUUUAGUGUGUUCUUCAAUUUAUAUACGGCUGUUUUCAAAAUGAUGAUGAAUAAUGACAUUCCUAUAAGAAAUGAGAGUACAUAAAUAUUUUAAUUAAUGUUAAAGUUAUUAUUAAUUAUUGCAUAUGAUAUUUGUUUCUAUAUAUUAGAUAAAUUGUCAUAGAUACAUAACUCAAUUGUAUGAACUGUAAUUAAAAUAAUAUUUGAUAA